GCUUGUUUUUUUGGUUCUUCCAUUUUUGCGGUUAAUAGAAAACGCUCAACAGGGGAGAAGAUGAUUCAGUGUUCUGCUGCAGUACAAUCUCCCCGUGUUUCCCACCAUCCAAUCCUCCGGUUCGUGCCUCCAAUAUCACCAUCGAACAACGUCUCUGCAACAUCUUCUUCCUCUUCAUCUUCUUCAGUAACAAGUAGAAGAGCAGCUCUAUCUCUGUCUCUUUUCUCCGCUACUUUCUCAACACUGAUUGCUUCUUCUUCUUCCAAGUCCGCCAUAUCCGAGUUCCGCGAGCUCCCAAAUUCAGGUGGCGUAAAGGUAUUGGAUGUUCGCUUUGGUUCCGGAGAAAUCCCUCUGGAUGGCGACCAGGUUGCAGUUCAUUACUAUGGAAGGUUGGCAGCGAAGCAAGGAUGGCGCUUUGAUUCAACAUAUGAUCACAAAGAUGAAAAUGGUGAACCAAUUCCUUUUGUGUUCGUACUUGGCUCUGGGAAAGUGAUUUCGGGGAUAGAAGCAGCCGUGAGAUCAAUGAAAGUAGGUGGUAUUCAAAGAGUCAUCAUCCCGCCAUCCCAAGGAUAUCAGAGCACGUCCCAAGAACCCCUACCACCUAAUUUUUUUGACAGGCAGAGGCUAUUUACUACCAUUUUCAAUCCAACUCGUCUUGCCAAUGGAGAAGGCUCAACAUUAGGGACACUCAUAUUUGAUGUUGAGUUGCUCAGUGUGAGGCAUCAAUGAAGUAGCUGUAGAAUACUAUGAUUCUGAAAACUGCUUGUGCAUUGCACACUGUGAGUGACAUCCAAUAUUUUUUGUUCAUGAUCAGAAACCAGGUUUAUAGCACCCUUCA